AAUAGAAAAACACAUAAAUUCAUAGUUUGAAUGGAAUACGUAUUGUAAAUUUCCUAGAAUUUUCCUUUCCAAAUCGACCCCAUAUUGCUUGCAAUUAUUUAACACUAAUGCGACAUUGACUUCAAUGAAAGUAGUAUUAUUUGGCAACAAUAAGUAACUUGAUUGAAAAACAAAAAAGUAGAUUCGAAAGUUUGUUUGGUUUGGUAUGACAGAAAAUUGCUCUUUAAAUUGUAAUGUGAAGUAUAUUUUUUCUCAGCUAUCAAAAACUUUUUUUUUUCACUUUGAUAUUUUUCGUAUUGAAUAUUUUAUGCAAAUUGUAUCUUUAUUCUGUGUAACCAGAAGAUGCAUUCUGUCAUUCCUGCAAGUUUUGUUUCCCAAGCCUCUAGAAGGAAUAGUACUGAACGAGAAAGAAACAUUAUUGCUGCAAUAUUUAGUGCUAAAGUUAUAGUAUUAUUAAUAAUGGCUUUAGCUCUUCCUAAUUGGUAUUAUCUUAAAGGUGGUGGAUGUACUCGACAAGUUCUUGGUACAGAACAAUUUUUUUAUGUUAGUUCUGUUGGAACUUUAACUGUUCCUGCUGAUGGAGGAAAUAUUUCAUAUUCUAAACUAGCAUAUUAUGGAUUAAAUGAAGAUAUGAAAGAUUGCCUUACACCAGAAAUUGUUGCUGUUCAAAGAAUUAUUAUUGGAUUAUGCUUUAUAACCAUCUUCUUCAGUUUUUCUCAAUUCUAUUUUGACAUAUCUGGUGUGAAAAAUAAUUCUCUCAAGUGUACCAGAAGAUGUGGACUUGGGAGUAUUUUAUCAGUGAUUAUGAUUGUCAUUAUUAUUGGCCUUUGCUAUUAUGUAUCUGACAUGAUGGAACAACAGCAAGAACUUACCAAGUUAUAUCCUGCUACAAGAGUUGAAGUUACAUUUGGUGUUAGUUAUUAUUUAAUUGCUACUGCUGGUGUUGCAGCAGUUUUAGCUGCAGCUUCAAACCUUUUUCGCUGUGAUCAUUUGUCAGGAAGUGCAGAUCUUUCCAUGUUAGUAGACGACAAUCAGGAAGAAGAGACAUUUUCAAUUGCCUUGCCUCAUUCACAAUCAUGGUCCCAUAUUCAUCAACACAAUGGUGUAUGUAUAAGCAAUUUACCUCCUCCUCCUCCUUAUUCACCAUAGAUAUCAGUGGUGGAUGGUUUAAUGUGAUAUUUAUAUGUUAUCAGUCAUACAGUCAUACCUUUGCAUUGGUAGCAGACUGUUUGGUGUAUUCAGAAAACUGUGAUGUUUAAAUAUAUUCUUUAUUGUAAUAUUAACAUAAUUUUAUGAUAGAUGAUGUCGGUAUCUUAUUAAAAUCAUUAUGAAUUGUUAAUUUUUGCUUGAAAUUCUAUAUGAAAAAUGUAUUCUUAAUUCUUUUCAUUUUCUCUUACUGAACAAAUUGUUAAUUCUCAAAGAGAAAAAAAUCAAUAUUUAUGUUUUUUUAAAUUUAACAGAUAGAGAAUUUGAUAUUCAUAUCCUUCUUCAGUGAAUGUGAAUCUCAACAUUGAUUAUUUGAUGAAUGUAUUUUUAUUUUGAAUUUUCUGGCCUUAGUUAAAAAUUAUGAACUCAUUACAUGCUUUGAAUUCAGUACAGGCAUAAAUAUAAUAAAUGAAAUCUUAAUUGAAAUUUUAUUAUUAUGUCCUUAGUUUUAUGAGUUUUGCAUAAAAGUAAUAUUUAUAACACAAACACACACACAUAGUAUGUCCCUAGAGUCCCUUGCCUUCCUCUUAACUCAUCCUCAUGCUCUUCAUAAAAAUGGUGGCUAGGUAUAGUAAAGUAGCCAUGUGCUACUGAAUGAAAUAAUUCCGGCGCUGCCUGAUGAAAAACUGCGAAGUUUGCAUUCCUAUCUCGAAAACAGAAUGAGAUAGGGGGAAAAAGUGAAAUACAAAGAUGUAGAGCAUCAUCCAUUUAGUACGAAAAGGCACCUUGUGGACAUGCGAAGAAUAAAAAAGUUAAAAUGCGCACUUGUUCUUUCGUGAUUCCCUAUAUUGUGAAGUGACAAAACGAUUUGAGAAGAGGGGGGACUAGUUGUAAUAAUAUGUCUUUAUUUGAAAUAUUCAAACCUCCCACCGGCAGCUGCAAUACACAUUUGGAUCCUCGUUUAAAUUUCACAUUGUAUACGUUGGAGUAUAGAGGGUGACACACACAAGCGUCCGUAAUGCGUCCGUUUAGCACAAGCGUCCGUAAUGCGUCCGUUUAGCACAAGCGUCCGUAAUGUGUCAUAUAAGACCCUGCUAUGUUUGUGGAGGGGUCGCAUACAACUGCUGUUUCAGGUAUCUUUACGGGAAAAAAAAAAGUCCAAUGGAGUCGGAUCAGAUGAACGUAGAGGACGAUCUUCGAAACCGCCAUACCCAAUUAUUUGACUUCCGAAUUCUUUGACGGUAUUGCUUCAUUGGAGAUAUCUUGUAAGCAGGCGCGCCGUCGUGUCGAAACCAUAGAUUCCUAAGAUUAAACAAUGGCAGGUUCUCCACAAAAUAGAGUAUUACGCUUUGUAACAGUUGUAAGUAUUGGCAUACGUUAGCAUGCCAUCGUAAAAUAAUGUAUCUAUCAGCUUGUUAUUGUAAAUUGCUCACCUAAAGUUAAUAAUAAACUGCGUUUGAUGCCGAAUAUCGGUGAAAUAUCUAGGAUUUUCCUACGCGAAAAAGCAAAUGCCAGUUUAAACCAUUCUAUUUUUCGUAUUAUUGUUCGCAAGCUGUCCUUUCGCAUUAAAGCAAGGAUGUUCUACAUCUUUGUAAAUCACUUUUCUUCCAUAUCUCGUUUUGUCUUCGAGAUAGGAAUGCCAACUCCGCAGUUUUCAACCAGGUGGCACUGUAGGGGGUUUCAUUCAGUAGCACAUGGCUACUUUUACCUAGACUCCACUUUUUUUAUAGCAGCAGCCGUUCUAAACUUAAGAGGGUAGCAAUGGACUUUAGUAGGCAUACCCUCUCUCUUUCUAAUAUUUUAUCUGUAAGUAAAAAGAGAGCGCUGCUGUAUAGUAAUUUAAUUUUAAUUAUAAUCAUGUCAAUUCAAUCAUAUUUUCUUAAAGAUAAUUAAUUGAAAAUUCAAUUACUAUUAUUUUAUUUAAAAAAAUUUUUUUUCUUGCUUAUGGAACAUAAUUUUUUAUUAGACUGCAUUUCUAUUACUGAUAUUACAUGUUAAUUGACAUUAUUUGCUUAUUGUUUGUUCAGUAAAUUUAUUUGAAUCAAAGCAUAAGAUGUACAAAGAUGGAAAUGAAAUGCACCAUUUAUUAAUAUUAAUUAAAAGACGAGUUGAAAUAAAGUUUUGAAUACGUAUUUCAAUUUAUAUGUGUAUGUUUGUUAAUAUCUGCAGUACAUUAAAGUUCUAAUCGUCAGAACUUUGCAAAUACCAGUUUAGGAUUUUGUGGCAUUUAAAUGAAGCAAUUAAUAAAAGGAAUUAGUUUCUAACCAUAAUGCAUUUAUUCCAUCCCCUUGCUAAAAUUACGAAAUUUCUUUUUAUUACCUGUUUUAGCUCUUUAUUUUGAAAUCCAUUAUGCUUCAAAUUAAUAUUUUUUUAAAGGUUGCUUUGUAAGAUGUUGAAUGAUUUUGUUGAUUGUUGGUUAAAUUUAUUUAUUAAGAAGGUACUUCAUUUUGUUUCGUGUAAGCAUAAUGGAAUUCAUCUUGAUUACUCCAUAAUUGGUAUUUUGAUGAGGCUCUGCAGUGUCUGCACUCACAGCUGCAGCCGUCUAGUGACUAGUUAUCUAGCUAAACAUGCAUAAGUUUGCAUAAGAAAAGUGCCAUUUGAAAGAAUUAAAGUUGAAUUUUUCGAAACUAUAAAUUUGUCACAUAUUUGCUUCAUUCGUGUAUCUCUACUUAUCCCUUCAAUUAAUAUCUGAUAUUAGCAUUGAUUUCUAAUAUUCUGUUUUCUUCUCAAAAACCUUCUUUUAUUUCCAACAAAGCUGCAGAAACGCAAAAUAACAUAACAUGCAUAUCAUUUAUCACUUUUCUAGAGUGAUUUCAGUAACAAAAAUGAGUCUAUGUUUAUCUCAUUUUAUGUAACAAAUGCUAUAUGAUUCUUCUUUUCACCUACCUGUUCCAUUGUUUCUCUUAAAAUUUUAGACAUCCAGUUUUACUAGCUGCUUUGUGGAAAUAAAUGUUGUUGUAUUUAUUUAAAAAUUGUUUUAAAAUUAAUCACUGUUAUUUUGCACUCAUUUCUGUAUUCUAAAUGGGUAUGACACUAUAUUGCAUUUUAUCAAAUAAAUGUAUUUCAUUGGUGUCGAUUUAAACGAAGAUUGAACUGUAAAUAAUUAUUAGUUUUGCUAAUAGGAAAUUGAUUGAUAUAAUAUUGAAAUGCAUCAUACAGUUUUGCUUGACAAAUUUUUUGAGCAGUGAAAGUCUGGUGAAAUGAAAGCAAAUGUUAUUUUUUUAACUGUUUCUUUCUUUCAGCUGUUAGUAAGAUUGUGCAUAUUACAUAUUGUGCUGUAGUUAUUAUAGAAAAUCUCUUGUAUCUGAAAUAAAAUAAAUCCGAAUUCAUUAAAAAAGUAAUUUGUUUUUCCUGCAGAUAUACACAUUUAAUUUGAAUUGCUAAGGCUAAAAUACUCUUGUCUAUACCAAGUGCCCAAUAAGUGAGGUUACUUAGUAAUAUAGUAAAUAGAAAUAAGAUAUUUAGUCUAAUAUUAUAGUAUAUUUAUUAGCCAAGUAUAUAUUAUUUUAUUUUGUAGAUUCAUGCAUUCAAAAAUAUAUGUAUAUUCCAUCUUAUGUUAAAGAUUUAAAAUAUUUAAAGCAUAUCUGUUAUAAAGAUUUAAAAUAUUUAAAGCAUAUCUUUUAAUGGAAAUAAUCAAAGUUUCUAUUGUGAACUUUGUAUAUAAAUAGGAAUUUUAUUCCGUUAGAUUUGUACUAUGAAAAGAUUUUUUGCUCCUGUUCAGAUUCAAAGAGAUUUAAUAAAAUCUAAGAAUAUGCUUGAAUAUUUAGAAAUAUUUUGAAAGGCAUGCAUUUUAUUUUUAUUAACUGAAAUGUAUAUAGCUUUGAAUUUCCUGCAUUUAUGUGUUUAUUCAUUGAUGUAAACAGUUGAUUUAUAAUAUUUGAGCUAUAUGUGAUAUUGUUAUUAAAUAUGAAAGAAUACUUUUAAAUGUGUAUUUUUUUAAGUAAAACAAUGUAUUUACCUGUUUCAAGUGGACAGUUUCAAUGCUGAGCAUAGUUUGUCAUAUUAUAACAAGCUUUACUUCAGUCUUUUAAUUUAAUGUAAAAACUUAAAAAAUGUAUAGAAUGCAAUUUGUUAUUUUCUCAUUCUAUACAUAAAUAUCUCUUAAGGUAAAACAUUAAUGUGCAUAACCACACAAUAUGUAUAUUUUUUUACAAAUUCUAUUUAGAAUUGUAUAUUUGUCAAAAUAAAGCCUUCUAUUUUGUACUGCU